AUGGCUGGUUUGAAAGACGUUGUUACUCGUGAAUACACAAUUAACUUACACAAAAGAUUGCACGGUGCUUCUUUCAAGAAGAGAGCUCCAAAAGCCGUCAAGGAAAUUAAGAAGUUCGCCAAAUUGCACAUGGGUACUGAAGAUGUCAGAUUAGACCCAAGAUUGAACCAAGAAAUCUGGAAAAGAGGUGUCAAGGGUGUUCAAUUCAGAUUAAGAAUUAGAAUUUCUAGAAGAAGAAACGAAGAAGAAAAUGCCAAGAACCCUUUGUUUUCUUAUGUUGAACCAGUUUUAGUUGCUUCCGCCAAGGGUUUACAAACCGUUGUUGUUGAAGAAGAAGAAGCUUAA